AUGCACGGCUCUCCCAGCUCCCAGCUCUCGGUCGAGCUCGACCGCAAUUCGGGCCUCUACACUCUCUGGCUGGAGGGCUCGCUGGUGGUGCUGGCGGCGGCCUCCCGCUUCUUCAGAGCGCUCUUCACCGGGGCGUGGCAGCCGCCCACGCCGCGGCACGCCGAGGGCGGCUGCGGCGGCGGCGCCAGCGGCGGCGGCGGCUCCGGCCUGCAGCGCUGGACGCUGGGCGGCGCCCGCUUCUUCGAGGGCCACUUCUGCCAGCUGCUGGGCGGCGAGGAGGCGGCCAGCAUCGCGGCACUGCCGCCCGACCUGCUGCGCCAGCUGCUGGCCAGCGACGGCCUCAACAUCGGCUGCGAGCUGGAUGUGGCGCGCGCCGCGCUGCUGUGGGCGGGCGCAGACCCCGCGCCCCGCGCCCCGCUGCUGCUGGACCUGCUGCCGGCGGCCCGCAUGCCGCCGGCGCGGCUGGCCGAGGAGGCCGCGCGCUGCGGCCUGCUGGCCGGCGGUGCCGCCUGCCUGCAGCCGCCGCCGGCGGAGCAGCAGGAGGCGGCGCAGCGGCAGCAGCAGCAGGUUCAGCAGCCUCAGGCGUGGCAGCCCGGCUGCGAGGGAGAGCUGGGGCAGGCCUUCUUGCACGCCUGCCAGCAGCUGCAGCACAGCGCGGCUGCUGCGGCUGCGGCCAACGAGCCGCCGCCCGCCUUCCGCCCGCGCCUCAGCUGCGCCACGGGUCUCAUGAUGGCGGGCGGGCUGGACGACGGCUGGCGCCCGCUGCGUACGGUGGAGCUGUACGACCCGCAGCGGGACAGCUGGCAGGCGGGGCCGCUCAUGCCCGCACCCUGCAGCUUUGCGGCGGCGGCCAUGCUGGGUGGGGAGGCGUACGUUGUGGAGGGGGCAGCCCACGCCCCCUCCGUCCUGGCAUUCGACCGCCAACAGCGGCGCUGGCGGCACUGCGCGGGCCUGGCCACGCCGCGGGUCAACAUGGCUGUGGCGGCGAUGGAGGAGCAGCUUUAUGUCCUGGGCGGUCGCGCCGGGAUCGGCAAGGGCGCCGCCGUGCUGCAGGCGGUGGAGGUGUUCUGCCCGGCCGCCGACGCCUGGCGCGCGGCGCCCCCCAUGGCCUGCCCCCGCACCUCGCUGGCGGCGGCAGCACUGGGCGGGCGCCUGUACGCCGUGGGCGGCCAGGACACGCGCUCCACGCACGCCAGCGUGGAGGUGUUUGAGCCCGGGGCGGGGCGGUGGGUGACGCUGGGCGCCGCCAUGCAGCACCCGCGCAAGUACCUGGGUCUGGCCGCGGCUGGCGGGCGGCUGGUGGCGGUGGGGGGCAUGACGGGGGCGCGCAUGCGGCUGCCGGCGGCAGAGGCGCUGGACCCUCGGGAGGGGCGCUGGGCGGCGCUGCCGCCUAUGAGCGUGGCGCGCUCGUCCGCGGGGGUGGCGGCGCUGCACGAGUGCGUGUAUGUGGUGGGCGGCAACGUGGGCAUGAACAUCAACGAGAACCACGCGGGCGUGGAGGCGUGGGUGCCGGCGGCGGGGCGCUGGCGCCACUGCGCGCCCAUCAGCCACGGGCGCUCCGGGCUGUCGGUGGCGCCCUUCUGA